CUCAGCAAGAAAGUUACUCCGCUCUCAUACGCAGCACGUUUUUCUUUACACCCUCACAUAAUGUCCACUGCUCCUCCUCCUCUCGAAUCUACCUCAAAAAGCUUUGAAGUCUUUCACCGAAUCCAGCCCCACAAGUAUCUUCGCCGAUUCUUAGAACACAGUGUCCGUCCCGAUGGCCGACUACUCGACUCAUUCCGCAAAACAUUAAUCACAACCGGAUCCAUUUCCACCGCCACUGCCAGCGCCAUGGUCCGCCUCGGCGGCACUACCGUUGUCUUUGGUAUCAAAGCAGAGGUCUGUGAACCUCACGUGGAACGUCCCAAUCAAGGCUAUCUUGUGCCCAAUUUCCGUGGAGGACCACCUCCUGAAAAAGCCCAAGUUACAUCCAAAUUUAUCCAUCAAUUGUUCACAAACUCUGACUUGUUCCCACUCGAGUCAUUAUGCAUUGAGGAAGGCAAGGCCGUAUGGGUCUUGUACGCCGAUAUCGUGUGUCUAAAUUAUGAUGGCAACAUCCUCGACGCAAGUCUGCUGGCUCUCACUGCUGCACUUUCAAAACUAACGCUGCCAAAAGCGCAAGUAUCGGAAUCCAUGGUGGUUGAGGCCGAUGCAUCCAACAAGUCGCCGGUAUUCCAGAUGACGCGUGUUCCCAUUGCAUCGACCUUUUGCGUGUUCCAGGAACCCAUGGCAGUGUUAUCGGAUCCCAACGAGGCAGAGGAGGCACUCACCAAGGAAACGGUGACAGUUGUGAUGGACAGUAGUGGUCAGGUGUGCCACGUCAGCAAGAAUGGAGGCAAUUCGAUCGAGUCGAGUGCACUGCGCACUUGCUUUGAACGCGGAGUGGAACGGACAAAGGAGAUGGCUACACUUAUUGAACAGGCAUGAAAAUAAAAAAAAAAGUCGCCUGCGGCGACCCUUGGCAAGGCGUUCUAUACUUGAUACUCCGUUGUGUGUAAUUGAACUCAGUAUCACUGUCUUUAUCAUCAAUGUCACGUGCCUCGCUUCGCUCGGCUGAAUGAGCCCCCACGCUGCGCUCCUGAUAUCAGUGCGACGGUAGCAUAUGUAGUUCUCUCUCCUGCAG